UGUACGAAUGGAAGGGACUCAGGGAGCGCUAAAUAACUGUGGGUUAGGGGAGAAAAUUGCUUGUCUUGCCUUGGGUGCUGACCACCCAUGCUACGAAAAUAAUUUUACUGUUAGGGGUCCCCACAACUUGGAAAAUUUUAUCAAGGAGUCAUGGCACUAGAAGGUUGAGAACCACUGAUAUAAAGGUACCUGGACAGCCAGUCAUACUAAUAAAAAAAAAUAACAGGAAGUUGCACCCCUUGAAUCAGGUAAGGAUAUAGGCUGGCAUGGGUUUUGGGGUUGGUGGUUUAUACCAUGUUUACACCCUAAAUAUGGUAUAAGCAUGGUAUAAACAUGGACUUAACUUUUAAUCUCAACAUAAUCCAUAAUGCUAACCCUAAAUAGGGACCAAAAAAGGCAGAGGGCAAACACUAGUUACUUGUAUUGUCGGUGGUCCCCCUGCAGCUGGCCUUUCCUCUAUUACUGAUCUACCAUGCCUUGUUCUGUUUUGUGUCUCUGUGUGGUGGUGGCCAUCUUGGUAGAGGCAGGGCUUUGCUUCCUCAAGUCAGAGUUUACGGCAAGAAGACCAGUGAUAAAUUGCCAAAUAUCCCUUGAAACCUCCUGUGACUAGCAGUCAGAGGCAACAGUGCCUUAGAUUUCACACUGCAGAUAUACAUCUAUGAGGCUGUAGACACAGGAAUGCCUAGGCACACUCACAUACCAGGAAGUGCAAUGCCAUUUUCCAGGAGGCAUUCCAACCACAAAGUAGAUUUUUCAGGGUACUGCUUAGGCACAAUGAAUAUUUCUAAAUACUGUCCUAUAUUGUAGCAAAUCAUCAUUUUAAUUUAGGUCUGCUUUAAGGUGGAACUAAAUGGAGGAAUACUCACCUUUUUCUUUAAUGGCCCCUGUUGCGCUUCACGCAUGUGCAGAAGAGAACCAGCUUUGAAGCUGCAAGGCUUCACCCGAGAGCUGAUUGUAAAAUUUGCUGGGGUGCCGACAUUGCGGGAUCCCUGAACAGCUUUCCAAACCUUUAAAAUGAAAGCAUCACUUGUCACAGCAAAGCUUACCAUAAUGUUCUAUAUUUAACUGCCGAGUAGUUCAGAAGAAAUGUUCUUGCAACACAGGAACAACCGCUGCAGAUCUGGAAAUUAUCUGUUUUCUGCUACUCUGCUUGAUCAUCACUGAUGCUAGCUACGGAAUGGAUCUUAUCUAUAAAGUGUUUGGAGUGCAGCAUGUAUAAUGUAACGUUCUACAAAAGCAACAUUCAGAAGGCAAUGGCCUAAAGAAGAAACAGAUCAAGCCUUCCCAUUAACGAGCUGAGUAUGGCUUAGUGUGAGAAGCCGGACAAGACACACCAUGGCACAGAUCAUCAGUAUCAGCAAGAACCGUCCUAGUAUCAGCCUGCAGGGGGUCGACUCAGAGACUUGUACUAUAGUAUUCAAGAACCACUGGACCCAGGUUCAGCGCAUUUUGGAAAAGCAUGACCCAUUUAAAAACUCUCACGCUAGAUAUGGAUCCAUUUCUGCAGAUGAGGUUAGCGCUGUACAGAAUUAUGUGGAGCACAUGAUCUUGCUUUUAAUUGAAGAGCAGGUGAAGGAUGCUGCCAUGGGGCCUAUUCUGGAGUUUGUGGUGACAGAGAAUAUUAUGGAAAAACUAUUUCUAUGGAGCCUCAGGAGAGAAUUUUCUGAUGAGACCAAAUUUGAGCAGUUAAAGAUGUAUGAUUUGCUGAUUACCCAGUCACACCAGCCUUUGCUACAUCACAAGCCUAUAUUGAAACCGUUGAUGAUGUUGCUAAGUACUUGUUCAGGGACAUCAACUCCGAAUGUGGAGACUGAACUGGUGGUUCUACUCAACCAGUUAUGUUCAAUCCUUGCCAAAGAUCCAUCCAUUCUAGAAUUGUUUUUUCACACCAGUGAAGACCAGGGAGCUGCCAACUUUCUUAUCUUCUCCUUGCUAAUACCCUUUAUCCAUCGAGAGGGUACAGUGGGACAACAGGCACGGGAUGCCUUGCUCUUCAUCAUGUCUUUGUCUGCUGAGAAUAACAUGGUUGCUAAACAUAUAGUUGAAAGCACUUACUUCUGUCCGGUGCUAGCGACAGGGCUAAGUGGCCUCUACUCAUCAUUGCCUACUAAGCUGGACGAUAAAGGGGAAGAGUGGCAUUGUCUAGUUAAAGAGGACUGGCUUCAAGUUCCAACACUCAUACAGUUCAUGAAUUCUCUUGAGUUCUGCAAUGCAGUAAUACAGGUGGCGCAUCCACUUAUACGGGCUCAGCUAGUGGACUAUAUUUACAAUGGCUUCCUUUUGCCAGUGAUGGCUCCUGCAUUACACAAGGUGACAGUGGAGGAAGUAAUGACAACAACUGCUUACUUGGACCUUUUUCUACGAAGUGUCUCAGAACCAACUUUGCUGAAGAUUUUUCUCCGCUUUGUUCUCAUCUAUCAACAUGAAAACAUUCAAAUCCUGGACACACUGGUCAGCCGUAUCAAUACACCAUUUCGGCUCUGUGUGGUUUCCUUAGCAUUAUUCCGAACUCUUAUUGGUUUGCAUUGCGAAGAUGUCAUGCUACAACUCAUUUUAAGGUAUUUAUUGCCAUGUAACCACAUGAUGGUUAGUCAGAGAUGGGCAGUGAAAGAAGAAGAUUGCUAUUCUGUAUCUGCUGCUAAGUUUUUGGCCUUAACCCCAGACUGCUGUGCAAACAAUGCUACUGAUAAUGCUGGGAGUUUGGAAAAAAAAAUCAUAUUGUCAAAAUUUAGACAAAAAGAUUCCAGUGAUCCUAAAGUAUCAUCACCUUCAUCUGAAGUCGAGUCAACUUUUAACGAGGAAAGCAUGCAAAUGGUGGAUGCCAGUUACCUAGAGUAUCUUUGGGAAGCUCAUGAAGAUAUAAUUAAAUGUGUUCAGGACUGUAAGGUAUGGUCAGCCCCAUAUGAUGGGAAAAAUCCAGAUCCAGAGACUUCUUUUCAAGCUCUGCUGGAGAGCAGUUUUAGAAGAGGAGAGUUUCCAACUUUCAGAGGUACAAACCGACAUAAUUUAGGAUCUUUCUCUUCUGACCAUCCCUCUCUUGGAGGUAAACUUCAGAUUGAUCUUGAGUGGGAUGACAGCUAUGACACUGGAAUAUCUCCAGACUCUGGUAACUGUUCACCACAGCCAACUCCCGAUCCCACAUUACCACCAGAGCCCCCACAAAAUAUUCAAGACAUGAAAAAUAAUGCAAUAAUGUUUGUUAAAGGGUCAUAUAUUGAAGAAUCUGAUUUUCAGGAUGAUGUAAUGGUUUACAGGUUGUGUGCGGAAAAAGAUUCCACUGAUACAGUAGAGGAAGAAAAUAAAGACAUGUCAACAAAUAAACUGACAUCAGAUCAGCUGCAUAAACUUAAUAAUGAAAAUUCUCAGGGUCAAAAAGGAAGUGAAAUUGUAGAAAACAAUAAAAAAAAUGCAACUGUGAACAGAGAUACUGUAAAAAGGCACAGUAAAGAAAUACCAAAACUGAAUCUUGAUUUUACAACUGAGGCAGACUGGAAUUCCAAUAACAAAACAUUAAGUCCAGACAGUGAGGAUUUCAUAGCUCGUUGUGAUGAGAUCAUAAAUGGACUGAACAUCACCUCAAUAGAAGUGCCCAGCUCACCAGCUCAUGAAAGCGUUUCUCUGGUUGAUGAAGACGAUGAUGACUUUGAAAAGUAUUCUCUGGGAACACCAUCAUCAGAAAGUGUCCCAUCCCCAUUUGGGCCAAAGGAACCUGGAAAAUACACUAAUAACUCUCCGCGGUCCCAAGCAGCGCCUUUCACAGGUCCGUUCAUCAGUGUUGUUUUAUCAAAGUUAGAGAAUAUGCUUGAGAAUUCUCUACAUGUGAACUUGUUGCUGAUUGGGAUUGUUACACAGCUUGCAACUUACCCCCAACCUCUUAUCCGAUCCUUCCUUCUUAACACAAACAUGGUCUUGCAACCCAGCAUCCGAUCCCUAUACCAGGUACUCGCCUCUGUCAGACAUAAAAUUGAACAAUUUGCAGCGGCAGAGCAAAGUUUUCCCUUGUUACUUGCAGAAGCUCAACAAUACUUGCUAGCUCGCAUGGGCUCUCCAAACCGCGAACUCCCAGGUGUGUCAACCAAAGAUACUGCACUGAAUAUUGGAGAGCAAGAAACUAGCACUGGAGAGAAUCUGGUGAUGCAGAAGAAUAAAGAACAAAGAAUAAAGAUGUCACCUCCACUUCCUACAGCCUCGAACCGUACCAGAAAUGCCGUGCUUGCAGCUGCCAUAUUCCCAGAAUUCCUAAAAGAACUUGCAGCUUUUACCCAGGAACACUCUGUAUUAGAUUAUAUAAUAGGGGACUCUUUUUAGAACUUUUCAUAGCUGGUUAUAGGAUGUUAUAUUGUUUUUAUUUUAAUGUUUAUUUUCUAUAACAUGAAAAUAUUUUGUCCAGCUGGGAAUAUUGCAAUAUAGCAAUCAAUACCUUAAUUGCAAGAAGCUACUUCCUGUAAUACUUGAUAGAUGCUGAACUUUCUGGUCCAUCAGAAUACGGUGGUUGUCUUUCCUGUUCUGUGUUGGUUUAUGUGUACAUUAUUUUACAUAUCGUAUGUAAUUGUUCUGUUUUUGCCUUUGUACACUUUUUGCUUUGCUACCUGUUUGCAUUGGACACUUUUUAGAGAUGAAUUCACCUAACUGUUAUUUUUGUCUAAGGUGAAAGUCAAUAAUAUGUACAGGUACAUUUUUGUAAAGACAAUUCAUGAGGAUGAGUUUAUGAUAAUUAAUUGACUCUUCAGGCAAAGCUGAAGCCUCUGCCAUGGCUGACUGUGUUGAACUUGACCUAUUUUCAAAAAACGAUUUGCUAUUUUUAGUGCAGUUUGCAAAACAAAAGGCCAGGAACCAUCAUUUUCAGAAGAAGGUCAACAAUGGUUGCUGGCAUAUUUUUUCAGGACAGGUUUCCUUUAACAUCUGGCCACCCACAUCGUGCAUAUGUGCUUUAGUCAUGAUCAUGAGUCAGCAGAAUGGGCUCCCUACCAUGUGCCUACUGUGUCAGCCAAUCAUAGUGGUCACGUCAUUAUGACGUCUGCCCCAAACCCUUACACAUAAAAACCCAUUAAAAUUGCAGCCGGUGUUUGGUUGGAAGAGGUUCAAACUUUACUCUGGGCAUGACUGCUUUAUAAUUGCCAUGUGCCUCUAGUGUCAUCAUUUAAUUGAAUUACAUUUUUAAGCCAAAGAAGUAUCUGCAAAAAAGAUAUUA